GGCGCAGAAGUCAGCGUUCUCCCGCGUGAUCCAAACGACCCGACCGAAAAGGUGACUAGCUCAUUGCGCGCAGCUAACGGGACCAUUAUCCGCGUAUAUGGUCAACGCUCGCGCACGCUAAAUCUCAGCCUCCGACGCGCUUUCAAAUGGAUAUUCCUCGUUGCGGAUGUUCAAACGCCUAUCCUUGGUCUCGACUUCUUACGUCAUUACGACCUACUCGUCGACGUUAAGCGACACCGUCUAGUCGACCGCCUUACGAAUCUCGCAGUCAUUGGGACUUUGACCGACACCGCGUCAAUCAGUCCCGUGUACGCGACUCAACUUAGUUCACCCGUCGGGCAAACGCUGCUCGAUAGUUUUCCGCAGGCCUUCCGUCCUGCCGUCCCGUUGCCUUCCGCAACCGACGCCGCGACACAUCACAUCGUUACGAAAGGUCCGCCUGUGUUCGCAAAAGCCAGGCGCAUGACCCCCGACAAGCUCAAAAUUGCACGCUCCGAAUUCGAGCACAUGCUAGACUUAGGCAUUAUUCGCCCGUCUAAGAGCCCGUGGGCGUCGCCUCUACACAUGGUGCCUAAAAAGUCAGGAGACUGGCGUCCAUGUGGCGACUAUCGCGCUCUCAAUAACGCUACCGUCCCCGACCGCUAUCCGAUUCCGCACAUUCAGGACAUCACGGCUAGCCUACGUGGCGCCCGUGUGUUCUCGAAGAUCGAUCUGGUUCGCGCUUACCACCAGAUCCCUGUAGCCGAGGAUGACAUUCCGAAAACCGCAGUCAUCACGCCUUUCGGACUUUUCGAAUUCUUGCGAAUGCCCUUCGGUCUUCGCAACGCAGCUCAGACUUUUCAACGCUUCAUAGACUCUGUCACGAGAGGUCUCGACUUUGUUUAUCCUUAUAUAGACGACAUCUUAGUAGCUAGUUCUUCCGAAGAACAGCACGCGGAGCACCUCAAGAUGCUUUUCGAGAGGUUAGCCUCUAAUAGCAUUACUGUCAACGCUGACAAAUGCAUCUUUCAGCAACCAUCUAUCGAAUUUCUUGGUCAUCGAAUUGACCAGCAUGGCAUACGGCCGCUCGAAGACCGAGUCAGCGCUAUUAAGGACUUUCCCGUUCCGACUACUUUGGCCGCCAUCCGCCGUUUUAGUGGGAUGAUCAACUACUACCGUCGAUUUCUGCCACGUUGUGCCGACUUGCUCAGUCCAUUGACCGACUUACUUCGUGGACGCAAGAACGGCAACGUCGAGUUGACGCCCGCUGCAACCGAAGCCUUCAAGGCCUGCAAAGAGGCCUUGGCUGAAGCCGUUAUGCUUCACCAUUUCGACCCCAAAGCUCCACUCAGCGUUGCAGUCGAUGCAUCGGACACCGCCAUUGGCGCCGUCCUGCAGCAAUUCACUGAGGGAUGCUGGAAACCACUCGCUUUCUACUCCCGACGCUUACAACCGGCAGAAGUCAAGUACAGCACGUUCAGCCGCGAACUGCUGGCAGUUUAUUCUACCGUCCGACAUUUCAGGCACGUCUUAGAAGGUAAUUCGUUCGUUAUCUUCACCGAUCAUAAGCCGCUUAUUUACGCCUUUCGAAAUCAAUCAGCUCGACACUCACCACGUGAGGUUCGUCAGCUGGAUUUCGUGGCUCAAUUUUCUACUGACCUCCGACACAUUUCAGGUCAGAAUAACGUCGUUGCUGACGCUCUUUCGCGCGUCUCCGCAAUCCACACCGCUGGCCAGGCAAUCGACUUAUCUGCCAUGGCUACCGCGCAACUAACCGACACUGACUGUCAGAACGUCAAACAAGAUUCUUCGCUACGAAUCACAUCGCAUCCACUGCCGUCAUCUGAUGGCACAAUCUUGUGCGAUACUUCUACUGGACGACCUCGACCCGUCGUUCCAGAAACCUUUCGACGUCUAGUUUUCGACACACUUCAUAACAUCGCUCAUCCAGGCAUCCGAGCCACGAUCAAGCUCAUAUCCGAGAGAUACGUUUGGCUCGGAAUGCAACGCGAUCUUAAGCGCUGGGCACGCGGUUGUCUAACGUGUCAGCAGGCCAAGAUACAGCGGCACGUGUCCGCUCCGCUUGGUCGUUUUCCGCAAGUCUCAGCUCGCCUCGCCCAUGUCCAUCUCGACAUAGUUGGACCCUUGGCACCAUCCAGAGGAAUGGUCUACAUUCUGACCAUGAUCGACCGAUACACCCGUUGGCCCGAGGCCGUACCUAUACCCGACGUAUCCGCGGACACCGUAACGCGCGCUUUCGUUGAGCGCUGGGUCGCUUCACAUGGCUGUCCAGCCACCGUGACUACCGACCGCGGUCCGCAGUUCGAAUCCUCGACCUUCAACGAUCUUCUCAAAGUCCUCGGAUGUCAACGCAUCCGGACUACCGCCUAUCACCCGCAAUCCAACGGCAUGGUGGAACGUUUCCACCGACAGCUGAAGGCCUCACUUAGUGCCGCUAAUGCACUAAGCUGGACCGAAGCACUGCCUAUGAUACUACUUGGUAUCCGAUCAGCUCUUAAAGCUGAUUUGCACACGUCCAGCGCCGAACUGGUAUAUGGACAACCUCUUCGACUACCUGGGGACUUCUUUUCUGGAAACCCCAGAACACCCCGCUACGACGCGAAUUACGCUCGGCAGUUAGCCACGAGCAUGCGCCAUAUCAAAGUAACCGACGUGCGAGAACAACGACGUAAAUCGUUCGUUCCACAAGAUCUACUGCAUUGCGCUUACGUUUUCCUUCGAGUCGAUGGUCUACGCAGACCACUCGAACGACCCUACGAAGGUCCAUUUAAGGUUCUUAAACGUAAGGACCGCGUAUUCGUUAUCGACCGCCACGGUAAACGUGAAACUGUCUCUAUCGACCGUCUCAAGGUUGCCCAUGUGGAACCUGAGAUCGACGAUGACUCCCGUCCACCUUCGGACGAGUCAACGCAGCCUAUGAUCGACGACACGCCUACUUCCGAUGCUACGAAGCAUUCUCCGACUAACCCUUCCGACUCAGUUCCUUCCGAUUCUAUCGAGCCGAAAGCUUCCUCAUCCGACAAAACUGCUGGAUCGACAACGCCUCCGACCGAACGUCCGAAAUCGACUAGGUCAGGUAGGCGGGUUCAUUGGCCAGCGCGAUUAAAAGAUUAGUCUUCUUUUCAUUCUUCCUUUCCCGCUUCCUUUUUGCUUGUGGCCUAACCCGCCCAACAAAACGGCAGUUUUGAAAACCCAAAAAAUUUGCAAAGCGUUUUGAAAACCCC